GUUUUAUAUAAAAAAUCUAGGUAAUUAAUAUUUAUUUCGGAAGGAAUAAAAAUUUUAUGCCAUUUGAUCGUAUUUUAAACAAUCAAUUUGAGGUGUUAUCGAAUAUUUCUAAUUUUGUUAUCUGAAAACAAAUAGUAUAUUACUAUUUAAAAUUCACACAACGUCACAAUACGAACCUCCAUAUUUAACUGGCCAGCAAUUGUAAAUGUUUAUUUUCGAAGUUAAAAUAUUUUUACGAUACAUCCUCAUCCCCCACAAUGCAUUUUCCAAUAAAUUCUAGAUGUAACCAAUAAAAUCUUAUUGAUCAAUUAAUAUUCACCAUCCCGCAAGGAAACAAUAGCUUUAAACAAGUAAUAAGUAAGGCUAGCAAUAAACGAAUUUAUUAUUUUUAAAUUUCAUGUCGCAACCAUAAAGGGUCAAUUUUCUAGUUCACCCUUUAUGCGCCCACAUGAAACAAUUCAAUUAAUUUCGAAUUUUUUAUUGUGUAUUGUACUUUUUAUUGCUAUUUUCUUAUUAUUUCUUAUUAUUGUUACUAUAAAACGAUAUUUUUUAUAAAUAUUUUUCAUUUGGUCAACAGUUUCGACCGGAUAUUAUGUAUGAUGGCCGACCUAUCGUUUCGGAUACAUGGAACUCUAAUAAUAUUAGUUGUAAUUUUAUCUGGUGCUAAUGGACGAUACCACGAUAAAUUACGGAUCCACCACGACGCCUUCGAUGAGAGCCCGAUAAGUGUCAACCUACCCAAGGAUUCGGUCCAAUCCAUCGUGAUAGAAUUCGAAAAUCCCAGCUGCCUCAACACCAACACUAAAGUCACGAAGCACAGACGUACUCUAGACGAUGGCAAUCCGACUCACAUAAUCAAUCAGCCCGUCAUCAACCUUUACGUUAACGUUCCACCUCCGGAUUACUGCGCAACUAGUAGUAAACUGACUUCUGAAUCGUCGUCGAGUUCCAGCAGCUCAUCGGAGUCCAGCGGUUCGUCGCAAUCCAGCAGCUCCAGUAGCAGCUCGAGUAGUUCUUCUGAAUACGGCUCAUUCAGCAGUAGUUCGUUGAGCGAAGAACCCAGCCUAAGUAGCAGCAGUAGCAGCAGCAGUAGCAGCGAAAGCGAUGAAAGCAACAGCGGUAGCAGUAGUAGCAGCAGUGAAAGCAUUGAUAGUAAUGGUAGCAGUAGCAGCAGCAGCAGUAGUAGUGAAAGCGAUGAAAGUAACAGCAGUAGCAGCAGUAGUAGUAGCGAAAGCGAUGAAAGCAACAGCAGCAGUAGCAGCAGUAGUAGCGAAAGCGUAGAUGAAAGCAACAGUAGUAGCAGCAGUAGCAGCAGUGAAAGCAGUGAAAGUGUUGAAAGCGCAAGCAGCAGCAGCAGUAGUAGCAGUGAAAGCGAUGAAAGCAGCAGCAUCAGUAGUAGUAGUAGCAGCAGUGAAAGCGAUGAAAGCAGCAGCAUCAGUAGUAGUAGUAGCAGCAGUGAAACCGAUGAAAGCAGCAGCAGUAGCAGCAGUAGUAGCAGCGAAAGCGACGAAAUCAGCCGUAGUAGCAGCAGUAGCAGCAGUGAAAGCAGUGAAAGUGAUGAAAGCACAAGCAGCAGCAGCAGUAGUAGCAGUGAAAGCGAUGAAAGCAGCAGCAUCAGUAGUAGUAGUAGCAGCAGUGAAAGCGAUGAAAGCAGCAGCAGCAGUAGCAGCAGUGAAAGCGAUGAAAGCAACAACGGAUCAAGCAUUUCAUCCAGUAGUAGCGAGUCAAGUGAUUCGAGCAGCAGUGAAUCUAGCAGCUUAAGUGAAGAAUCCAGCAGCAGCAGCCAAUCCAGUAGCAGUGAAUCAAGCAGUGAAUCGUCUGAAUCGAGUAGCAGCGAGUCUAAUUCAUCAGAAAGUGAAUCGUCUAGUAGUAGUACUAGCGAAUCAAGCAGUUUGUCAAGUUUAAGUGAAUCCAGUUCUAGCCAGUCCAGCAGCAGUGAAUCAGACGUUAGCGAAUCCAGCACAUCAGAAUCAAGCAGCAGCGAGUCUAGUAGCCAAUCAAGUUCCAGCGAAUCUAAUAGCAGUGGAUCGAGUGCCAGCUCAAGUAGUAGUAGCAGCGAAUCUUCAAGUGAGUCCAGCAGUCAAUCCAGUUCCAGCGAAUCAAGCGCCAUCGAUUCGAGUAGUAGUAGUAGCGAAUCCGAUGAAUCUAGCAGUAGUUCUGAAUCAAGCUCCAACGAAUCUAGCAGCAGUGAAUCGAGCGAAUCAAGUAGCAGUAGCGAAUCUGCAGAAACUAGUGAAUCAAGCUCUAGCGAAUCUGGUAGUAGCAGUAGCGAAUCAGCAAGCUUAUCUAGCUCGAGUUCCAGUGAGUCAGAUGAGAGCGGUUCAAGUAGUAGCAGUAGUGAAUCCAGCGAAUCCAGUAGCAGUAGCGAAUCCAGCACGGCUGAAUCUAGCAGUCAAUCAAGUUCAAGCGAAUCUGGCAGUAGUGAAUCAAGCUUAAGCGAUUCAAGUAGCAGUAGUAGUAGUGAAUCUGCCAGUGAAUCCAGCACAAGUGAGUCUAGUUCCAGCGAUUCUAGCAGUAGUGAAUCAGGCACAAGUGAGUCAAGCAGCAGCAGUAGUAGCGAAUCGGAAAGCCUGUCCAGCUCAAGCGAUUCAAGCAGUAGCAGUACCGAAUCUUCAAGUGAAUCCAGCACAAGUGAAUCUAGCAGCCAAUCUAGUUCUAGUGAAUCGAGCGCCAGCGAUUCGAGUAGCAGUAGUAGUAGCGAAUCCGCAAUCAAUUUUGAAUCGAGCAGUAGCGAAUCAUCAAGUAGCAGCAGUGAAUCCGACAGCCUAUCGAGUAUAAGUGAAUCCAGCUCUAGCCAAUCCAGCAGCAGUGAAUCAAGUAGUAGCAGCAGUGAAUCUACCAGCGAAUCCAGCAGCCUAUCGAGUAUAAGUGAAUCUAGCUCCAGCCAAUCUAGCACUAGUGAAUCGAGUAGUAGUAGCAGCAGCGAAUCUGCAAGCGAAUCCAGUGACAGUGGUUCGAGCAGUAGCAGUAGCGAAUCGACCAGCGAAUCCAGCAGCUCCAGCGAAUCAAGCGCCAGCGACUUAAGCAGCAGCAGUAGUGAAUCUGCCAGCGAUUCUAGCAGUAGCAGUAGUGAAUCAAGCGCCAGCGACUUAAGCAGCAGCAGUAGUGAAUCUGCCAGUGAUUCUAGCAGUAGCAGUAGUGAAUCAAGCGCAAGUGAAUCUAGCAGCCUAUCAAACGACAGCGAAGCUGUCAGCAGUGAUUCAAGCGAUUCGAGUAGCAGUAGCAGUAGUGAAUCUGCCAGCCUGUCCAGUUUAAGCGAAUCUAGCAGCCAAUCAAGCUCUAGCGAAUCUAGUGCUAGUGAUUCAAGCAGCAGCAGUAGUGAAUCUGCCAGCCUGUCCAGUUUAAGCGAAUCUAGCAGCCAAUCAAGCUCCAGCGAAUCUAGUGCUAGUGAUUCAAGCAGCAGUAGUAGUGAAUCCGCCAGUAUGUCUAGCUUAAGCGAGUCUAGCAGCUCAUCAAGCUCAAGCGAAUCUAGUGCUAGUGAUUCAAUCAGCAGCAGUAGUCAAUCAGCUAGCGAAUCUAGCUCAAGCGAAUCUAGCAGUCAAUCAAGCUCAAGCGAAUCUAGUGCCAGUGAUAGCAGCAGCAGUAGUAGUGAAUCAAGUACCAGCAGCAGCAGUGACUCAAGUAUUAGCGAAUCCAGCAGUAGCCAAUCCAGUCAAAGUGAUUCAAGCAGUGAAUCUAGCUCCAGUGAAUCAAGCGCCACAGAUUCGAGUAGUAGCGACAGCGAAUCCAGACAAAUUGGCUUAAGCAGCGAAGCAAGUAUUACCGAAUCGAGCAGCAGUAGUAGCAGCGGUGAAUCGAGCAGCAGUAGCAGCAGUGAAUCAAGCUCGAGCGAUGGAGCGAGCACAGACGAAAGUAGCAGCAGUAGCAGUCAAUCCUUAACCGACGAAUCUAUCAGUAGUAGCAGCAGCAGUAGAUCUUCAUCCGACGAAUCCGCCAGCAUUAGUAGCAGCAGCAUCAGCAAAUCUAGCGGUUAUAGCAGCGGUGGUAAGAGUAGCAGCAGUAUUUCUGUCAGCAGCAAGGAAGAAUUUAGGAAAGAACCGAAGAAAGUCGACAUACCAGUUUUGGUUAUGGAAUGCUCUAUCGUUCAUUUUACGGGAGUUUUGAGAUCAAUGUUUACUGUCGAUAAAAAUCCUGCCAAGAAAACGUUCAAAGAAUGCAUGAAGAAGGCCGAAAUUACGCCGAUAAUCGAUUCAACUGAAUUACCAACCGCUAAACAUUCUAAACACUCGAGAAAGCAUCAUUCCCAGAAGAAUAUCAAAGUAGAUAAUAGUAAUGUGUACAGCCUUUCUGGGUUCAAAAAACACAAACAUAAGAACCACUAAGAAUCUAUAAAACAAUGAAUACUUAGGAUAUUUAUUUCAAGUUGAAGGCAGUUUUUAUAAAGAAUAUAUCAAUAAAAAGUAAAUUUGCAGUUCCAUUUUUUAUUACCAAAGUGAAUUUUACCGAAGUAAUGCCGAAAUGUUUUGGAUUUUCCAUUUUAAUUUUACGAAGAAAUUUAGCAUGUUUAUUCAUCCUGUAGAGUUACUGUGUUAUGUUCUUGGUAAUAAAAUAA